AUGUCAUUCAAAGACUUGAACGUUAUCCUGCUGUUAGUAUUCCUGGUUUUUCAGGAAUUACGUGCAGAUACGCGUUAUCUUUUCAAGCGAAAUGACAACCAGUUUUCGGAAAGAAGAAAUACCUCGGAUACAAACUAUUUCGGACUAGCCAGGAAGGGGAAGGAAGAAAAGCCACGAGCUAUUUUUCAGGAUGAUGAGUCAAUGAUCCGAGAAACGCUGAAAGCGAAUCACGAUCGGCGAAACUCGUUUCUUGAGACUUCUACCUUCGAUCCGGACGUGCUCAACAAGUUUCUAGACGAAUAUGCCAGUAAAAUAAAAAGUACUACUGAUGACAAUUACGGGCUGCAACAUCACUCCACUAAAAUGACCGAGGCUUCUCUUGAAAUUGCUGAUGACAGUUCCGAAGUUUCAACUUCUACUGAAGAUUCGGUCACUGUUCACGGAACUACUCUCGCUCUUGAUAAAGUACAGCCUUUCAAUGAUACGGUGGAAAGAAACAAAUUCUACAACGCUAAUCAGAACGAUGAUCGAGAUAGUAAUGGUUGGGUUACCCUCGAAGCGAUCCCUUGGUCGAAAAGCAAAAUAUCUAAGUGGCAAGCUAAUACUAACUCACAGCGGCCAUGGCAGGAUACUAAUAAAUGGGACAAGCCGACGAGUGUAAAACCAUGGACGCCAGAUUACACAUCUUCACGACCUCAUUACGGGAAUAACAAACCAUGGUACGAAAAACCAAAACCAAAUUGGCCCGACUACGAAACCGAGCCGUCGAAACCAGUGUACCGACCUUACCCAAACGACCAUUACGAUACAAGUGUAACUCAAGCGCAAAAAUGGCCACCAGAGCGUCCAAGCUCGUCGUCAUCAUGGGAAAACAAUCACCACCCUCACACCGGAGACAUAAUCACUGACAACAGACCAUCAAACUUCCCAACCAGUAAUUGGGACAAGUAUGAUCAACUACCCAAGCCGUCGAGUUUUCCGCCUUACAAUGAUCGGUACCAGGAUCAGUACACCCAUGAAGAAAACCAGAACAGUUGGCCUGGAUCGAAUUACCAUCAGAAUAAGUACGAGCAAUUGAAUGAAAAGCCAGCUUUCUCACGACCCCACAAACCUGCGUACUUUACGGGUCAGUAUGAAUACGAGAAUCGGCAUCCUCCGACGUAUCCAUCAAGCGGUGAUGGCCAGUGGGUGUUAUUGUCAACGAAUCGUGGCUACUCUCGCCAAAGAUCGAUGAAGUUUGACUCAGAUGAAGCUAUCAAAACAAUAAAUGGAACCAUAAGCAAAACAACUCAAGAUUCAGCCGAUCCGACCGAUUCUGUGGUGCCUGUGAUGACAUCUAAGCGACAGGUAAGAUUGACUGUCCUGCCUUCAUUAAAUGGCACCAAUACCACAACGUCUCACGGAGGACUUCUCGAGGUUGAGAAAACAUUUAAGACUGUCGAUGAGAGCCAAAAAGAAUUUGCUGAAGCCGAAAGAUUAUCGAUAAUUAAAAAAAAACCUUUGAGAAAACAAGCCAUCACUAGAAGUCCGUCUAAUGCUGCAGUAUUUGCGGCGGUUGGCGCUGGCAUGCUGCCCGCUACCAUGGGUAUGAUGCUGCCAAUUAUGCUGGGAAGAAAAAAACGAUCAACUAGUAUUACUUUUAUAUAUCCUGGUGGCAUGAGGUAUUAA